AGAGCGCACUGAAAAUGUAGGAGCGGCUGGCUUGACUACGGAGAAACGAGAGGCGGCUGGCUUGACCGCAGUGUGUGAGUGAGGAGGGCUGUGAGACGAUGCAGCAGAGAGGAACCUGCUCUCAGUCAGGACAGAAGGAUAAGAACCAUGUCGGCCUCCUGGAAGCAGCUCUCCUCUCAGAUCCUCCUGCUUCUCGUCUCCUGCAGACACAUCAAUACAAAGGCAUCGAGUUCAACACAGCCACCGCUGGCUCCCAUCACUCCUCUGAAAACAGAUGUAAGAAGCAUCGUCCUUAAAGGUGAAAGUCACACUGAGAAAAUCGAACUGGUAAAUCCUGUCAAUCUGACGCUGGAGUGCACAUGGACUGGCAAUCAGAACAAACUGCCAAACAUAACCAGCUACUGGACAAAAGACGGGGAGGAAAUUCAGAACAGUCAGCUCUCAGUGCAGUUCCACAAUGGACAGUAUAAUAUCAAACAAGUGUUCAGCAUUGUGAGUGAAGAGAACCUGGGAAAUUACUCCUGUGUGUUUGGAAAUGAAGCAAAAAUUGUAUUCAUUGUGGCAAUUCCACAGAUUGGUGAAGUGCGAGACAAACCAAUCAUCAGCUACAUGGGAGAUUCUGCAGUGCUCACAUGUAAAAUGGACGACAAGAAGCCAAAGCCCAACACCUGGAACUGGUAUAGACACAACGGGACGGAAAAGGAGCAGAUCAAUGUUACUGUGGAGCCUCACCGCUAUGAAAUCAAAAACAAAGAGGAGAAGACUGAGACUAGGCUGGUGGUGAACAACCUGACGGAGGCCGACUCCGGCUUGUAUUCCUGCGGUGCCGUGUACGCCAUCGGCACCACGAUGAGCCAUGUGGAGUUGAAGGUCAUCGCCUUCAUGGAGCCCCUGAAGCCGUUCAUAGUCAUCAUGGUGGAAGUUGUCGUCCUGGUCGCUGCCAUUCUACUCUAUGAGAAGAGUCAGUCCAAGAAAAAGGUCACAACAGGAGAUGGGACCACUGCCGACCAAAAGAACAUGCCGCAGGGCGACUAUAAUGCAACAGAGGGAAGUUCUUCAAUGAGACAACGCAAAGUUUAAAGACUGCAAAGGCCGAAAUCCAGCAGAUUAAAGCUUCUUUAAAAUGCUCAUUUUCCAAUGUGAAUGAUAAUUUUAAAGCAAUAUUUAUUCACUUAUUUUGGGAAUAUAUCGUCUAUUGUAAUCCAAAUAUUUUCACCACCACUUAAGCAACAUUCCCUUUUGUUUCAGGUACAAUCUUUCUGUUGGUCUUCAUUUCACCUGAAGACUGGGUUUUUAUUUUUCACUCUGUUAGUUUCACACCCUGCAUUUCCUCACUUCCUGUGGAGAAACCGAGAUCAUGUUUGACUUCAAGCAUCACUUUGUCUGUGCUACUUCUGUCAAAACGGACGUGUGCUUUUCUUCUUUCUGCAGAAACUUAAACCUCAAGUCGUCCUUCCUGCUGCUGUUUUCCGCAUUGUGGCUCCUGAGCAGUGCCUUACACUCUCAAAAAGUAAUCAACAAACCAUUCACUGUGCUUGAACUGACUUUUGGUCACUUUUUAGAGUUUGUCCUUACAGCAAUGUGUGUUUGUAUUCAAGAUAUACCCUCAUAUAUGCAGAUGUUUGUGUAAAAGUGGCUUCAAUCUACACUGUGUAUGCAAACAGGCAGAAUAAAAUUGCACAUAAUUCAUUA